UCGAUAGUGUUUGGAAUAUAAUUUUUCCAUAAACAAAAAAUGGUUUUUAUCGAGACGUUUUUAAUAUUGAUAACUUUAAUAUCCAAUUCAAGUGUAAAUGGUUUUAAUAAUAACGAAAAAUGUUGUCCGCCGCAAGAGAUAUUUUCUGUAAAAGAGAGCUCCAGGUGUUUUAUUUCAUACAAUGAAAAUUCACCGGGCUAUUACGAUGCGAGAAACGAAGAUUGGGAAAUAAAAUACUUGAAAGAAUGUUUCAAUGUUACCUCACGAAAAUCCAGUUUCAAUUCAACGAUAGCGUCAUCGAUUACUUGUAUUGAUCUUUUGCGUAAUAAAGAUCUUUUAGAUGCUUCAUUUAUUCAUUAUUGUAAACAAGAUAGUAAAAAUAAUGGAGCUUCACUAGUGAUGAAUAUGAGAAAAUGUUGUCCCAUAGGACAACGAUAUGAUACUGAAAUUCGAGAAUGUAUAGAAUUUACAUCAGGCGAUUCAAGUAUUUUAAAAGUUUUAAAUAGCUUUAAUGUCAACGUCAACUUCUUAUCGAUUAUCAAGGGCUUUCCCAUUUGUAAAUACGCUAUAAUUGACUACACGAUUAGCCGCGACGACCAAUUAUCUUUCUAUAAUGACACUAUUAAGAUAUCAAUCUCAUCAAAUACUGGAUCUAGCAAAAUUUCUAUCAACGAAGACAAUUCAUGUCUUGAUUUUGGGUCAUCUCAAGAUACUUUUGUAUUAAGAACAUGCAGUAAUUCUGAAUAUUGCAAGCAAAAUGCUUGUUUACGAAAAUGUUGUCUAGAAGACGAAGCUUGGAUUAAUCAUCGAUGCAGAAAAAUAUCUUCUUUUGGAAGUUCACAUGCGCAUUUUCAUUCUGUGUUAAAAAAUGUUAUGGAAACUACUCUUUCUAAUACAACUUCAUUGGACGUUUUAAAUUCUACAGGCUAUGGUCUUAUGAUUGGACAGAAAUUCUGCAACGAUAGUAUGUAUCCAAUAAAACCAGAAGAAAAUUGGUCUAUUACUUCUCGGGGAUAUAUUUAUGUACCAAAACAGGAUGAAUACAGCUUGGAUGAAUACUGUUUGGAAAUGGUUUAUGGAAGUAAAGAUUAUAGUGAUGGUUUAUAUCCAUGUUUGUGUUUUAAUAAUGGUUAUCCGGAACCAAAUGAAGAAAUAAGCCCCCAACGAUUUACAGUGAAUGCAGUAUUAGAGUUGAUAAGUUGCACUUUUCUCUUAUUAACAUUCUUGGUUUACUUAUGCUUACCAUUACUGCAGAAUCUUCAUGGAAAAACUUUAAUGUGCCAUUUAGCAAGUCUUUUUAUUGCAUUUGCUUGUCAUGCCACCAUCACUUUAUCGUCGUUACAAGACUCAAUCGAUGAUGACUUUAUAAUAAAUAAACCAAUGUGUAAGCCUCUGGGUUAUACAAUGGCUGUGGCAUUCCUCGCGAGUUUUUCUUGGCUAAGUAUCAUGUGUUUUGAUAUUUGGUGGACGUUUGGCGGAUGUAGCGGAGCAGCUUAUGUGUCAAGUAGAAAAAAAGCUCGUAAAAAACGAUUUUUCUUUUAUUCUUGUUUCGCUUGGGGACUUCCAAUGAUUAUAUUAAUAGUUAUGAUAACCAUAGAUAGGACUCAAAGUAUACCCGAAGAUUUACGUCCUAAUAUAGGAGUUGAUUCAUGCUGGUUUGAUCAUCAUCUGAGUAGUUAUGGCGAAGUAAUAUUUUUUUUUGGGCCAAUUACUUUCUUGCUGAUAGUCAAUGUUAUUUUUUUUAUAAUGACUUUGAGAAAUUGUAAUCGUGUUAAGGCUGAUAUAUCGAAGUUUAUGAAAACAGAUACCGAUAGUCGACGAUUUAAAGCUGACAAAACUAAGUUAAUACUUAAUAUAAAACUUUUUGUUUUGAUGGGCAUAUCUUGGAUUUUCGAGAUAAUUUCAUAUGUAAUCAAUCAUUGCGCACCAGAUUUAAGCUGCCGUGUAGAACUAUUUUAUGCAUUUGAUGUUUUUAAUUGUCUUCGUGGUCUAAUUAUUUUUUUACUUUUUGUACUAAAAAAUAAAGUCUACAUUGCAUUAAUGCAUCGACUUGGACGCCGUAAAAUUAAUGCGCCAAUUAAUCAAAAGGCUGUCAAUCUUCAAGAACCAUACAAAAUGACAAAAUAUACGAGUUGUAGUACAUUAAUGUCGUCUACUGUUGACCGACUCAAUGCUCAAACUUAAUGUGUAAUUUUUUAUUUUAUUUAUUUUUAUUAAGCUAUCAUAAAUUUAACACUGUAUAUAUUUAUCUAUCAACAUUUCUUGUUAAUGAAUACUACAGUGAAUGAGAUUAAUAUAAUUAGCUAACAGUUUAAAAUCUCAGUAAAAAUAUUCUAUCCGACGAGAAGAAUAUGUCUCAAAAUGCUAAAUACCUUAACCAAGCUGAAGUUACCCUAAUUAAAAGUGUUGUAAUAUUUUAAGAUUUCAUUUCA